CCACAGCCGCAGUUGCCACCACCUCGAGGAUUUCUGGCUCUUUUCUCUUCGCCUUAAAGUCGGGUGUCUUUUAUGAAUAAUCAAAAGCAGCAAAAGCCAACGCUAUCAGGCCAGCGUUUUAAAACCAGAAAAAUAGAUGAAAAAGAGAGGUUUGACCCUACUCAGUUUCAAGACUGUAUUAUUCAAGGCUUAACUGAAACUGGUACUGAUUUGGAAGCAGUAGAAAAGUUUCUUGAUGCUUCUGGAGCAAAACUUGAUUACCGCCGAUAUGCAGAAACACUUGACAUUCUAGUGGCUGGCGGAAUGCUGGCCCCAGGUGGUACACUGGCAGAUGACAUGAUGCGUACAGAUGUCUGUGUGUUCGCAGCACAAGAAGACCUAGAGACCAUGCAAGCAUUUGCUCAGGUUUUUAACAAGUUAAUCAGGCGCUACAAAUACCUGGAGAAAGGUUUUGAAGAUGAAGUAAAAAAGCUGUUGCUGUUCUUAAAGGGUUUUUCAGAGUUGGAGAGGAACAAGCUGGCUAUGUUGACUGGUGUUCUUUUGGCUAAUGUAACACUUAAUGCAUCCAUUCUUAAUAGCCUUUAUAAUGAGAAUUUGGUCAAAGAAGGGGUUUCAGCGGCUUUUGCUGUAAAGCUCUUUAAAUCAUGGAUAAAUGAAAAAGACAUCAAUGCAGUAGCUGCAAGUCUUCGGAAAGUCAGCAUGGAUAACAGACUGAUGGAACUUUUUCCUGCCAAUAAACACAGAGUUGAACAUUUCAUGAAGUAUUUUACUGAGGCAGGCUUGAAAGAACUUUCAGAAUAUGUUCGGAAUCAGCAAACCAUAGGAGCUCGAAAGGAACUCCAGAAAGAACUUCAAGAACAGAUGUCCCGUGGUGAUCUGUUUAAGGAUAUAAUUUUGUAUGUCAAGGAGGAGAUGAAAAAAAACAUUCCAGAACCUGUUGUCAUUGGAAUAGUAUGGUCCAGCGUAAUGAGCACUGUGGAAUGGAACAAAAAGGAGGAGCUUGUGGCAGAGCAAGCCAUCAAGCACUUGAAGCAAUACAGCCCUCUACUUGCUGCCUUUACUACUCAAGGUCAGUCUGAGCUGACUCUGUUACUGAAGAUUCAGGAGUAUUGCUGUGACAACAUUAAUUUCAUGAAAGCCUUCCAGAAAAUAGUGGUGCUUUUAUAUAAAGCUGAAGUCCUGAGUGAAGAGCCCAUUCUGAAGUGGUAUAAAGAUGCUCACGUUGCAAAGGGGAAAAGUGUCUUCCUUGAGCAAAUGAAAAAGUUUGUAGAGUGGCUCAAAAAUGCUGAAGAAGAAUCUGAGUCUGAAGCUCAAGAAGGUGACUGAAUUUUGAAACUACACCCUCAGUAAAGCAAACAGGAGUUGUAGAUAAAAUGUCA